CUAUAGAUGUUCAUGAAUCUCUGACCAGCAACGAGCCCGAGCGCCUCGUGAGGUGCGCCCACUCUCGUUUAAUUUUCCGGACGUGGUUUAGCUGCGCGAGGAGGAUUGCGCUGCCAUGGCGUCUGUCAUUCACUACCGGUUCAAGACCGCAACGGAGACGAACUCGCUGCGCUUUGACGGGCAGAGUCUGCGGGUGUUUGACAUCAAGGCGGCCAUUGUAGCAGAGAAACGUCUGGAUAAGGGCCUCGACUUUGAUUUGGAGCUUUCGAACCCGCAAACAAAAGAAGUGUACGUGGAUGAGACCAAGAUGAUUGCCAAGAACAGCACCGUCCUUGUCAAGCGCGUGGCGGCCCCCAGGGGCUCUGCGGGCUUGCUGGCGCGGCUGAGAGCGAACACGCCUUUGACCCCGCAGAAUAUCGCGGGUUUGGAGAAAGUACCGACCACGGUCGAAUAA